AUGAACGGGACGAGCCCGGGCGCGGAGGCGGAGGCGGCGGUGUGGGAGCGGCCCUGGUCCCUGGACGAAAUCCGCAAGAACAGCCAGAGCUGGUCCUUGGCGGCUGAUGCUGGCCUUCUCCAGUUUCUGCAGGAGUUCUCCCAGCAGACAAUAUCGAGGACUCAUGAAAUCAAGAAACAAGUGGACGGCCUGAUUCGGGAAACCCAAGCCACUGACUGCCGCCUGCAUAAUGUCUUCAACGACUUCCUUAUGCUGUCCAACACGCAGUUCAUUGAGAAUCGGGUAUAUGAUGAAGAAGUGGAGGAACCAGUUCCCAAGGCAGAAACAGAGAAGACGGAGCAGGAGAAAACCCGGGAGCAGAAAGAAGCGGACUUGAUCCCGAAAGUCCAGGAGGCCGUGAACUUUGGGUUGCAAGUGUUGGAUAGUGCGUUUGAGCAGCUGGAUAUCAAAGCGGGGAACUCCGAUUCCGAAGAGGAAGAAACCAACGAGCGAGGGGAUCUCAUCCUUGAGCCAAAGGAUCUGUACAUCGAUCGGCCCUUGCCUUACUUAAUUGGGUCUCAGCUUUUCAUGGAACAAGAAGAUGUGGGCCUUGGAGAUCUUUCUAGCGAAGAAGGCUCGGUGGACAGCGAUCGUGGGAGUGUCGUUGACAGCGAAGAGGAGAAAGAUGAAGAGGAAUCCGAAGACGAUUUUGGCAAUCAGAGUGGUGAUGAUCAGAAAACGCGCCCGACACUGAGUGAUGAAGAGGAGGAGGAUGAUGGCUGCGACCUCUUUAGGGAAUCAGAAAAGGAAGAGGAGGAGGAGGAGGAGGAGGAGGAAGAUGGGACUGAUACCGAAAGACUAAGAGGGACCAAAAAAGAUAGACCGACAUCAUUUGCUGAUGAGCUGGCGGCCCGGAUCAAAGGGGACAAGACAAGCAAAACAGAUGACGAGCCAACGAUCACAUCCUCAGGAGAAGCAAAAACGAAGAAACGGGUGAAAGAGAAGAAGGAAAUCAAAAAAGUUCCCUCCGACGAUGAAGAGGAUGACAUAUUCAAGCCGCCCAAACUGACGGAUGAAGACUUCUCGCCGUUUGGUUCUAAAGGGGGCCUGUUUAGUGGCGGGAUAGGACUCUUCGAUGAUGACGAGAGUGAUCUCUUUGCCGAAGCACCUAAAGAAAGUGAAGAAGUACCAUCCCCAACUAACGGAGGCAGUGCUGACGUGUUCGGUGCUUCUUCACUUAUGUCACCAAAGGAGCCUCCGAAGCCCGCUGGCCCCACGCCAGCAAAAACCCCGCAUCCCCCAGUUCCCGGUGGCCUCUUUGAUGAUGACGAUGAUGAUGAUGACGACUUUUUUGUUGCCUCUAACAGCAAACCAGCUCUAACAGUCAAACCUGCCAGUGACCUCUUUGACGAAGAUGAGGAAGGUGAUCUCUUUGGGGAAAAAGCAGUUCCUUCCCCUGCUGCCGUAAGUCAGCCGACCAAGGAAGCCGGAGAUCAGAAAGAGACGUCCGGAAAGAAGGUUACACAAGUGGCCGCCGAAAACCUUCCACCUGGGUCGGAAACAGCUUCCAAGAAACAGAAGGGCUUAUUCUCCGACGAAGAGGACUCCGAGCAGGACUUAUUUUCAUCUGCUCAGAAUCUGAAUAAGUCAAAAACGGCAUCUUUUCCCACCAGCAAACUCACCCCAAAGUCACCACUUUCACUCUUCGACGAUGAGGACGAGGAGGAUAAUCUUUUCGGGACUGCACCUGCCAAGAAACAACCAUCUUCUCUACCGAAGUCAACACAGGAGAAAGCAAAGCCGUCUGAAACCCAGAAAAAAAAAUCUACCUUGCUUUUCAGCAGUGAUGAGGAGGAUCAGUGGCACAUCGCCGGCCCGCCGCCCACCCCAGCUUCAGACGUCCAGGCCGGAGGAGACCCGGUGAAAACUAGCGGUGGGCAAGGGCCCGGGGCUAAGCCCUUGAAAAAGACCAGCCUGUUUGAGGAGGAGGAUGAAGAAGAUUUAUUUGUCGUCACCAAGGACAGUCAGAAAAAGAGCCCGAAAACAUCUCUCUUGUUUGAAGAAGAUGCUGAUAGCGGGGGAUCUCUUUUUGGCUCUCCUCCAUCCUCGGCUCCUCACGAAACAACGGAAAAAGAACGAUCCCCGGCGGCCGGGCCCUUACUGUUCCGUGACGAGGAAGAAAAGGCGGCUCCUUUCGGGGCGGCGAAAUCAGCGGAGAAGAAGGCCGAGAGUGUCGGGAAGACAGUGGGAGAAACCGCGUUCAAAAUGCCAGGGAAGGGAGAACCCGCAGCUACAUCCGCUCCGGCACCAAGUGAGGAUUCCAAUUUGUUUGCUUCGAUACCUCCUCUGGAGAAAGAGGUGAAGGGACGAGCUAAGAAUGUGUUAAGCCUUUUUGAAGAGGACGAUGACGACGACGAGGAGGAAGAAGAGAAAAUUGGAGAGCCAGGUAGCAGCAAGACCCCACAGAAAGCAACGGCCAAGCCCCCUGACCCCGGUGCCCAUUUCCAGAGCACAGGGGUGUUCCAAGAUGAAGAGCUCCUCUUCAGUCACAAGCUCCAGAAGGAUAACGACCCUGACGUUGACCUCUUCGCCAGCCCCAAAAAGCCUGCGUCUGAGCCAAGAAUGCAUCUCCCGUCUGGAGGGGGCCUCUUUGGGGAUGAGGAAGAUGACGAUCUCUUCAGUUCCGCCAAAUCCCGGCCUCCGAAGGUUCCUGAAAAGAAAGCAGUGAUGAAAAAAGAGAACUUCGGCUCGCCUCUCGAAAGUCAUAUACUUUCUGGACCAACCCACGGGGACCAACGAGAGCCAGGUGUUCGGAAACUGGAAACGUCGCAGGAUUCUCCGGGCCCCGCUCCAUUUAAAACAAAAGAACGUUCUUCAAGGAUUGGAAAACUACAAGCAAAUUUAGCUAUUAACCCAGCUGCCUUAAUGCCUGGAGCAGCUCCCAAAAUCCCUGGAGCCAAACCUGUUUUCCCGGGAUUGAGCCUGCCUCCAUCUGAACCAGAUAAAAUCCUGAGUCAAGAGGCGUCAUCGCCAGGAAGCAGCGGUGUGGAGCCCGGAGUGAGUUUUGAUCACCCAGCCCAAGCAGAUACCUUACAGAGUGCGAACAAGAGCCGAAUCCGAGUGGGAGGAAAGCGCAGGCCGCAGAGCCGAGCCGCCCGCCGGCUGGCUGCUCGGGAAUCCGGCGAGGCAGAGGGCGCGAACGGGGGAGACGGACCCCCUCCACCUUGGGCCAAGGAGAAGUCCGCCUCUGCAGAGGUGAAGCCGCGACUCACCAGGGACCCGAGCCGAAAGGGGGAUUGGGAAAAGGCCCAGGCGACUCUGCCGCCCUUAGCAGAAGACGCCAAGCCGGCGCCUGGCAGGGGCACGGUCUCUUCGGCAAAAUCUCCGGGGCCGGCCGUGGAGGAGCACCUCUUCGGUUCCGGUGACCUCUUUGCCGAGCGGCCGGUGUCCAAGCCGCUGGGGCAAGCGAAAGCCAAGGAGAAAUCACCGGAGAGCCUGGUGGCCACUCAGCCGGGGAAAGGUGAUGAAAAGAAAGCGUUCCUUCCUGUUUUGGACGAUCCGGGGAGCGACGACGAUCUCUUUCUGUCCGUCAAGCAGAAGUCGACUAAAAAAGCUAAUCCCGUGCCUCUUCUGGAGGACGAAGAUGACAUCUUUGCGAGUCAGAAGGCCAAGAAGGGGGCGAAACCCGUGGGGGAACGGGAUCUCGCAUCUAAACCCCAAGAUAUUUUUGAGGAUGACAUAUUUGCCACGGAAGCAAUUAAGCCUUCACAUAAAACAAAAGAGAAGGAAAAAGCGUUGGACUCAAACCUAUUCGAUGAUAACAUUGAUAUAUUUGCAGACCUAACCGUAAAACCAAAAGACAAGAAGUCAAAAAAGAAAGUGGAGUCCAAGUCAAUAUUUGACGACGAUAUGGAUGAUAUCUUCUCGUCUAGCAGCCAGGUCAAGACCUCCAAACCCAAAGGCCAUUCAGCACAGUCUGCAGCAGAAACCAAAUCAGAAAGCAAGGCCUCUAGUACAUUUGACGAUCCCCUGAACGUCUUUGGAGGCCAGUAGGGCAGGUGCAGAGGACCCGGCAGAAAAGAAGCGGUGAACUCUAUGCGGGUGGCCUGAUAGCGCUGCCAUCGUGCUUUUUAAAUGGAGUAAGAAAAACAGAUAUUGGAACGACCAUCCUCCCCUGAAGCGUCCGUAACUUUGCGCAUUAGUCUUAAUCAAGCUUUAAUAAUGCAAGAGGAAAGACAAUAGAAUAUCUGAAUCGCUGUUUUGUCCAUACGCAGAUAGAGAAUUAGCCUGUGCGGUCCAUGGAAUUAUGUAAUCUAUUAUGUAGAGUAUAAUUUCCUUUAUAGAACAGAACUACAGAGAGAAAAAUCACUGGUGUAAUUAAAAUGGUGAAAUAUAAAGUGGUGAAAAC